AUGGCAGGCAGCAAUCCAGUAGCCAAGUGGGUAGUGGUGUACAAGAAUGGAGAUCCCUUCUUCCCAGGCCGCCAGCUGCUGGUGACUCAGCGUCGCUUUCCCACUCUGGAGACUUUCCUCUGUGAGGUGACAUCAGCUGUGCAGGCCCCACUGGCUGUACGUGCUCUCUAUACACCCUGUCACGGCCACCGUGUCACUGACAUGGCAGAGAUGCAGAAUGGAGGGCAGUAUGUGGCUGCUGGCUUUGAACGAUUCCGCAAGCUCCACUAUUUACCCCCUGGAGGAAAUGAUCCAGGCAGGAAAAGCAGCAGACUACCAGGUCCUUGUCUGACUCACCACCUGUGUGAUGGUGCCCCUGGACCAAGGCUGCCUGAAGGUGCCCCCUGUUAUAUCCAUGUGUUCAGGAAUGGGGACCUGUCAAGUCCUCCAUUUAGCGUGAAGCUGUCCCAGGCUGCCAGGCAGGACUGGGAAACAGUGUUGAAGCUCCUGACUGAGAAGGCUAAGUUGCAGAAUGGGGCUGUAUGCAAACUCUGCACCCUAGAGGGGCUCCCGCUGUCGGCAAAGGAGGAUCUGAUAAGCGGUCAUUACUAUGUGGCUGUCGGAGUGGAUGAGUUCAAGGCUCUCCCCUACUUAGAGCUGCUGGUGCCCAGUUCCUCCCUGCCCAGGGCCUGCUGGCAUCUCUCAGACCAGAAGCCUAGGCCCCACAGGCAGGGGGCCCAUGGCCACAGGGCACAGGCAACCCAGUCCACUCCAAAGAAGCCAACCCAAGUUGAGCCAUCUGCUUUCUAUGCCAGACCCCAGGAGGCAACUCAGCCAAGAAACAAACUCCCCCUUCUCUCACUUUCAUCAGGAGUCAAGGGAGUCUAUGGGGCUCCCCACCCAAGACGUGAGACGGCAGGGGCCCAGGAAGUAGCAGAUGAUGAAGAUACCCAGACAGAGGAGCCCUUGGAUCAGAGGGCGGCACCAAUGGUAGAAGAGGACUUGUUCCUGGGAAAUGACCGGCCUGGGGCUGCAGCAGCUAUUUGA